AUGGCAGCCGUUGGAAGGAGAGGGAGAGCGUCCUAUGAUCUUACAUCUCCACGAAGGAGAAACAGAGCAGGUCCCAAUCAUGACUUAGUACCGCCACCAAAUGUUCAAAAUUCCCACGCGACAAAGCAACAUUUCAAAAGUUCAGAAGCAACCGCUACAACCUCCCUCGAACUUCCAGCACAAACACCACGUGCUCAGAGACCUCCGGCUCCAACACCUCAUGAAUUGCCACCGACGCCACAUUCUUUCGAGCUCACUGCGCCGACACCACAUUCUCUUGGCGCUGUUCCUCCUCGCUUCUAUACAAACUUACUCAUGAAUCAAGAAGAACCAACAAAUAUGUACACAUGCAAAAAACAUAAGGGCGAGUUACUAGAACAUUAUUGUGAAUCCUGUCAUGUGGUUGUAUGCGGUUCUUGCAUGGCAUCGGAGGAACACAGGGACCACUUUUGUACGAUCUUGUCUGACGUAUUUGAAGAGAAAAAAGGGUAUUUGAUGACCUUUCUAAGUACUUUGGAGGGAAGUACAAUGAAAAAACUGGAAACCCAAUUGCAGUCCUCGGGCCAAAAUGUCUCAAGGUACGAAGAGAAGGUACAGUGCAUAGAAUCGACAAUACAGUCCGAAAAAGAAAUGCUUAAGAACGAAAUUGAUCGCGCUUUCUGUUUGGUGGAAAACGAACUUUCUGUCAUGAAGCAAAUAGACCUGGGAAAACUGGAAAGCGAACAAGAGAAAGUCAAAUCUCAAAUAAAGACUGUUCAAAGCUUUAUAGAUGAGGCUAAACGCCAUAUCAAAGGCCAAGACAAGUUUCGUUUGCUGCAAUUCAUGAAUGAACUUCCUUCACCUGAGGACAUGACACGAAAUUGUGUCUGUAUGAAAGUUGAGCCGCCAACUUAUGAAAGCGCAGAGAAGGAUUUUGGCUUACUAAGUACUUUCUGUGGAGCCAUACGUGAAAGUAAACAGCUACCCGAUCAACACAGUCCUCUUGUGUCUCCAAGGUUUUUUCGAAGAUUACAAAGACAAAUGUCGCGAACAUUAAUGCAUCUUCCAUUCGUCAUCAAAUCGUUUGAAAUCGGACUACAAUGGGAUUUGAACCUAAGCCCAUGUAAAUCAAAACCAGACUGUAUCUGGGUAGGCUAUAAGCAAAGCAAGAUCGUUUUGAUCGAUAGCAAUGGGCAAAAAAUGAAGAAAAUUAGAUUUGGAUUCCAUAUGGAAGAUUUUGCAGAAGCGAAAAGUAAAGAGAUUUAUGUUACAUUGUUUAAAGAAAGGUGUAUUAAGAGAUGUACACCAAACGGAAAGGUGAAGAAAUUCUUGGACACUUCAGAUUGGUCUCCAGUGGGGAUAUGCACCGAUAGAAAUGGAGACUUGCUGGUGUGUCUGACAAGAGACGGUGUUGGAAAAGUAAUGAGAUUUGGUAAAGAAAAAAAUGUAAUCCAAGAUGUGAUUCCCCAGCGACAAGGUGCGCCUCUUCUAAGCAAGCCUCACAGAAUAACAGAGAAUGCAGACCACGCGAUCUGUAUACUCAACCUUCCUGACAGAAACGUGGCCAUUCUGCAUGGAAAUAUGGCGUACAAGGCUAUAUACAAUGGAUCGGGAGAUAAUCAGAAGCGAGCUCAGUUCUAUCCCACAGCAGUAUGUACCGACAAACGAUGUCACAUUCUUGUGGCGGAUCAUAACAAUCACUGCAUUGACUUGCUGGAUAGAAAUGGGAAGUUUAUGAUGUACCUCGUCCGGGAGGACAAGAUAAAUAAUCCCCGUUCUCUGUGUGUAGACGGCGAUGGGAUGGCCUGGGUGGAAUACCUUAAUGGAAAAGGGGGAUUCAAGAUCCUCAUGUAUUUAUCGUAAUGUUA